GGCGUGGCCCGGCGCGGAGCGAAGAUGCCGGCGCUGCUGGAGCAGGCAGCAAAAGCUCCCUCGGCCAUUGUGCGCGUCCCUGCACCGCCACGUUCAUCGGUGGAGCGCGAGCGCAAGCGGCAGGAGGAGGAGGAAGUGGACAAGAUGAUGGAGCAGAAGAUGAAGGAGGAGCAGGAGCGGCGCCGGAAGAAGGAGAUGGAGGAGCGCAUGUCGCUGGAGGAGACCAAAGAGCAGAUCUGUAAGCUGGGGGAAAGGCUGCAGGCCUUGCAAGAGGAGAAGCAUCAACUUUUCCUGCAACUGAAGAAGGUGCUGCAUGAGGAGGAGAAGCGCCGGCGCAAGGAGCAGAGUGACUUGACAACGCUGACGGCGGCAGCCUAUCAGCAGGGCAUGGUCACGCACGCCGGGACCCACAUCCUCAACAUGCAGGGGAGCCCCGGGGGGCACAGCCGGGCCGGGACGCUGAUAUCAGCCGACCGGAGCAAGCAGAUCUUCGCGCCCCCCGUGAUCACGACGCGGCACUUUGCCACCCAGCCGGCCUUCGCACCCGGCACCCCGGAGCACGGGCAGUACCAGAGCGGGCAGGCCGGGCACAGCCCCUAUGCCGUGGGGCAGGGCCAGCACUUCGCCCCGGGCCAGGCCGUGCCCGUCAGCUACGCCGGCAGCCAGCCCAUCCGCGGCCCCUCGGCCUUCCCCGCCAUGCAGUACCUGUCGCAGCAGCCGCCGGGGUUCGCGCUCCACGGGCACUUCCCCCCCGCC